AUUUGUAGCUUUAUUUUGAAGUUCUUUCUGGCUGCGUCAUCAGCAGUCGACAGACGUAUCAAGUGAAAAGCCGGCAUGAUUUAAAGAAUGACAGCCGAGGCCACCGGAGGGAUGAGCGACGCCGGCCCCGCCCAGCUGAUCGCCGGCCUCUGUCACACGGAGCGGGACGACCCCCUCCCUGUGUGGCUCAAUGGACACAUCAGCCCGUGUUUCAACCAGCUCGUCCUCGGAGCUGUGCCCUUUGCUUCGAUGGCGGUUUUCAGCGCAUGUUACUUAAGCACUGCAAGAUGCAGCUUCCUCCAGACGCCCCCUCCUUGUGGUUGGACACUGAGGAUGGGCUCCGCCCUGCUGGCGUCGCUACUCUACGUUGCAGAUGUGAUCCUGGUGGCCAUCAUCCAGCAGGGAGACAUGUACCUGGACAUCCUGGCCGACGGCUGUGCCAUCCUGGCCUGGCUGGUCCACUUCGGUGCCAUAGCUGUGCUCCAGAACACUGCUUUCAGGAGAACCAGAGGACCGCCUUUGCUACUUCUGCUGGUUCUUCUGUCAGUCCCCAAUGUUGUCAUCACUUUGAUGAUUUACUGUGAUAAUCAGGACUGUUUGAACCUGACAGACCCUCUUAAAUUAGCAAGGUUUGUGCUUGCUGCAGGCCGGACGUUCCCCCUCCUGGCUUAUCUCCUGGCUUUUGUGUUUCCUUGCGUCAGUGAUGCCAGGUACACCUUGUAUAUUAAUGCUGUGGAUGGAUCCCGCCUCAUUCCUGACAGCAGCCAACCAGAUACGGGGGAAAUGGUGGCUGAGGAUGGGAGUGGCUGCCUCUCUCGUCUCCUCUACCUGUGGCUCACCCCUCUGCUUAGGCGUGGCCAGCGUGGGGAGCUGGACACACCAGCUGAUGUGUAUCAUCUACCUCGAAAACUUCGGACUGGUUUUGUUUGCCGAUACUUCCACCAGUGUUGGGAGGCCUGCCAGCCUGGGGCGCUGGUUGUCGACAGGCAGGAUCAGUGGCCCAGGCCGGUCAGCAGAAACCUCCUAACGGGCACCUGGAGCUCUCUGUACCAGGAGGACGCUCUGCUGCUGGAGGGAGACGUGGCACUGCUGAAGGUACUGCACAAGGCCUUCGGGCUGCGAUACUACAUGCUGGGUGCGCUGAAGGUGGUGGUUAACAUGCUGAGCUUUGCCGGCCCCUUGCUCCUCAGCAGUCUGGUGAACUUCAUGGAGGAAGAGGGAGCUCCAGUCAGCACGGGUGUGUGGUGCACCCUGGGGCUCUUUGCAGCCACCCUUCUCUCCUCCGUCCUUCGGAACAUCUUUGUGUUUGAGGUUUCCAAGGUGGCCCUGUCAGCGCGCGCUGCCCUCGUGUCUGCCAUCUAUGGCAAAGCCCUGAGAGUCAGCAGCAGUGGCUUGGCUGGCUUCACUUUGGGAGAAGUGGUGAACUUAAUGAGCACAGACACAGACCGUGUGGUCAACUUCUUCAACAGUUUCCACGAGCUGUGGAGCCUGCCCUUCCGGUUCUCUAUCACCCUCUACCUGCUGUAUAUGCAGGUGGGUGUAGCUUUCCUCGGAGGGCUCUGUGUGGCGCUGCUGCUGGUGCCUCUCAACAAGGUGCUCGCCUCCCGAAUCCUCAGCAACAACAGAGAAAUGCUCAGGUACAAGGACAGCCGCGUCAAGCUGAUGACAGAGAUCCUCUUCGGCAUUCGUGUCAUAAAGUUCUACAACUGGGAGCCUCAUUUCACUCAGAAGGUGGCCAGCUGUCGUAAGCAGGAGUUGUCCCACCUUAAGGCCUUAAAGUACCUGGACGCCAUGUGUGUGUACACCUGGGCCGCUCUGCCUGUGGUCGUCUCCAUCCUCACCUUCGUCACGUUUGUGCUGCUGGGAAACCAGCUGACUGCAGCAAAGGUUUUUACCACGCUAGCUUUGGUGGGCAUGUUGAUCAUUCCACUCAACAGCUUCCCUUGGGUGCUCAACGGCGUCCUGGAGGCCAAAGUGUCUCUGGAACGAAUCCAGCGCUUCUUCAGUCUGACCAACCAGGAUCUGCAGGCGUACUACGCCCUCGUGUCUCCUGAAGACAGUCAGACCUCCAUCCUGUUGAGCCGGGGUUCGUUUUCCUGGCAGGAGCCUGACGGAGAAACUGAAACAACCUCCGCAAAGGGAAGUUUGCUGCUUCACAGUCUCAGCCUACACAUAACCAAGGGCUCCCUGGUUGCGGUGGUCGGGAAGGUUGGCUGUGGAAAGAGUUCCCUACUGGCUGCUCUCACAGGAGAACUCACCAGGCGCGGUGGAGUCAUCUAUGCUGCAGACAGAGAGGCCGGCUUCGCUGUGGCCUCGCAGGAGCCGUGGAUCCAGCACGCCAGCAUACGAGACAACAUCCUGUUUGGCAAAGACUACGAGCCCACGUGGUACCAGGCUGUGAUCCAGGCCUGUGCUCUGUCAGACGACCUCAGCAUUUUGCCAAAUGGAGACAGGACAGAGGUGGGGGAGAACGGAGUGACGCUGAGUGGAGGUCAGAAGGCGCGGGUGGCGCUCGCCAGGGCCGCGUACAUGAACAAAGACGUUUACCUCCUGGAUGAUCCACUGGCAGCGGUCGACACAGACGUCGCUGAACACCUCAUGCAGAAAUGCAUCAUGGAGCUACUGAGGGGAAAGACCAGGAUCCUCUGCACACACCGCACAGAGUUCCUGGAAAGAGCUGACGUGGUGGUUCUCAUGGACAGAGGAACCAUCAUCAAAACAGGGACACCAGCAGAGGUCCUUCCUAUGGUUGAGGUGGUGCCGAAAAACCAGAAGAGUGACAACACGAAAGAGAAAGAUGGUUCGGUGCAGGAUGAGGCGGCGCUGAGCUCCGCCCCUGAUGCGCGUGUGGACGAGGACCCUGAGCCCACGGCGGCGGAGCAGAAGCAGCGCGGCGGCCUGGCGUGGGGGGUCUACCGGACCUACUGGGCGGCGCUGGGCCGAGGCCUGGCCGCCUCCAUCCUCCUGGCUCUGCUCCUCAUGCAAGCGUCUAAGAACGGUUCUGACUGGUGGCUGUCGCACUGGAUCUCAGAGCUGAAGCCCAACGGUUCUUCGCCAGGAGGCAUCAGCUCGCCUCACCUGCUGCUCUUCUCAGCAGGGGGCCUGGUGUCUCCUCUGUCGUCUGGACCAACGCUUCCCUCCAACAUGAGCUCUGACGUCAGGUUUUAUCUGACUGUGUACGGCUGCAUCGCUGCAGCCAACACAGUCUUCACUGCGCUGCGAUCCUUCCUCUUUGCCUACGGAGCCAUCUGCGCCGCCACAGCGAUCCACAACAGACUUCUGGAUCGGGUUCUUAAGGCCACGGUGGGGUUCUUCGACACCACCCCGCUGGGUCGCGUACUCAACCGCUUCUCCUCAGACCUGUACAGCGUGGACGACAGCCUGCCGUUCAUCCUCAACAUCCUGCUGGCCAACGUCUUGGGGCUGCUGGGGCUGCUGGUGGUGAUGAGCUACGGGCUGCCCUGGGUGCUGCUGCCCCUGCUGCCGCUGGCCCUGCUCUACCACCGCACGCAGCACUUCUACAGACACACGUCCCGCGAGCUCAAGCGCCUGUGCAGCCUCACUCUGUCGCCUGUCUACUCGCACUUCUCCGAGACGCUGACGGGGCUGGGCACCAUCCGGGCCAGCGGGGGUUCUGCCAGGUUUGAGGAGGAAAGUGCUAAACGACUGGAGCAGAACCAGCGCUGUUUGUUUCUGAGCAACGCUGCCAUGCAGUGGCUGGACAUCCGCCUGCAGCUGAUUGGAGUGGUGGUGGUGACGGGCCUCGCUGCCAUCGCCGUCAUCCAGCACCAGGUCCAUUCUGUUGAUCCAGGUCUGGUGGGUCUGUCUCUGUCCUACGCUCUGUCCAUCACCACGCUGCUGUCCGGCCUCAUCUUCAGCUUCACGCAGACUGAGAUGCAGCUGGUGAGUGUGGAGCGAACUGAAGAAUACUCCAGCAGCCUUCCAACCGAGCCGCAGCAGGAGAACACGCAGCUGCCUCCUGCUUGGCCCGAGCGGGGAGCGCUGGAGUUCCGCGCCGCGGUUCUGGUCUACAGAGACGGCCUCCCUAACGCCCUGGACGGGGUCGACCUGCUGGUGCGGCCUGGAGAGAAGGUGGGCAUCGUGGGGCGCACAGGCUCUGGAAAGUCCACCAUGUUUCUUGCCCUGUUCCGAAUGGUGGAGCUGAACCGGGGUGAGAUCCUCGUGGAUGGACUGGACAUCAGCACCGUGGGCCUGGCUCAGCUCAGGUCCAGACUGGCCAUUAUUCCUCAGGACCCAUUCCUAUUUAGUGGCACCGUCAGAGAGAAUCUGGACCCGUGUGGACGACACAGGGACGAGCAGCUCCAGAGCGUCGUGGACCAGUGUCACCUCCGCUCUGUGGUCAACAGGAUGGGUGGUCUCGAUGCCGAGGUCGGAGAAAGAGGAAGGUCCUUCUCUGUGGGUCAGAGGCAGCUGCUGUGUCUGGCCAGAGCUCUGCUGACCCAGGCCAAGGUGCUGUGUAUAGACGAGGCCACGGCCAGCGUGGACCAGCACACGGACCAACUGCUGCAGCAGACCAUCAGGGAGCGGUUUCAGGACAAGACCGUCCUCACCAUCGCUCACAGGAUCAACACCAUCAUGGAGUGUGACCGGGUGCUGGUGAUGCAUGCUGGGAAGGUGGUGGAGUUUGAUGCUCCCGCUGCUCUCUGCCAACGGGACGGCUCCAUCUUCCACAGACUGCUCGCUGUCAGAGGAGACUGAAAGAAAACUCAUCUUUUUGUGUUCAUCCUGAGAAUUUGCUGCUUUUUAUCAGCGACAACACAUUUUGUAAAUCUUGAGUUGUAAAUGUUAAUAUUAUUUGUGUUCUUGUAAAUCUGUUGGAUUCAAUAUUAAUGAAGGAACAAAAGCUGACUUUAGCUGACAUCCUCCAGGCUCACAUUGUUUUUAGACACUUUUUAGAUCUGAUGCUACGAGCAGCCUCCUUAUUAAAUCCAACUCUGUGAAAUGAUCA